AACAUAGCUAAACCUAAUAUAAGUUUUAAGUUUUAAGUUUUCUAAAUCUAAUAGACGAUUCAAUAUUGAUGAUACUUAGCCCCGAAAUUUAUCACAAUAUGAAGAAUAUAUAAGAAACAAAAAUAAAUGUAGAAAAAAAAAAAGAAACAAUAUAAACUCUCGAAUAAUUUGAUGUGAAAUAUGCUGCAAAAACUAAAAUAUUAUAAAUUUAAUAAAUAAUAUAGUAUGUUAUCAUAAGAACGUUAUCAAUCAUAAUAAUAAUUACUUCAAAACUUAUUAUAGAAAAUUUAUUUUUUUGCUUAUUAUUUAUUUUAGACCAUUGAUAAGAAAAGAUGCUUCUUUAAACUUAUUGUAACAUAUUUAAAGAUUAGAAUAACAAUAGACAUUUCAAGUAAUAUUUAUCAUGAAAAAAAGAAAGAUCUAAAUUUGUUUAAUUAUAGUUGUGAAAGUAAAGAUUUUGUUUCGAUUCAAGGGAUAAAUACAAUACAGAUGUUAGAGAUUUGUCGUUCGUUUCAUUUUUGACUUUCUCUUAAUUUAUUUACAGAUUAACGUUCAACGGAAGAAAAUAAUUUUAACCUCCUUUUUCUUUUUUUUUUAGUUAAAUCGCAUAAUAUUUAGACCGUGGAACAUGUUCUUAGAUAUAUCAGUUUUCAAGCCUUUUGCAUUCGUUAGUCAAACGAGCAUUCUUCAUCAAACGAACAGUGAAUUUUUUUGAAUAAUUUAUCACUAUUUUUUCAUCUCUUUUCUGUAAUUAUUAUUUAUAUAUUUUCUGUAAUUAUUCUUUUGUACAAUAAAAAUAAAAUUGUAUAUAUAUUAUAUAUAUUUGUACAAUAAUGUAUAGAUACUAUAUAAUUGUAUUAUUAUUAUAUUCUGUUGUAACAUGUAUAAAUAUUGAUUCAUGGAAUCCUCUUAAGAGAUUUCGACAUUUUUGGCGAACAAUCAAUAAUCAUGAAAAUGAAUCGUUAUCAUUUAAUUUUCAAAAAAAUAAAUUACAAUCACUGAAUGUUCAAAAUAUCAUACCGAAUCAUGGUGAUAGAGAAAAACGACCAACGGAAUGUUCACAACGUAGUGGUAUAUCUAGUGGAAUUUGUGCAAAUGGUUACGGAAUUUGUUGUAUUGUGACCGUAUCUUGCGGUGACAUAACUAAUAACAAUAAUACAUAUUUUGUUAAUCCGAAUUAUCCAUCGACGUUCGACGGUACUACAUCUUGUCAAUUAACACUUGUUAAAUCGCACCCAACCGUAUGUCAAUUUAGAUUGGAUUUUAUGUAUUUUAAUAUAAGAGGUCCGGAAAUAACUAAUCACCAAUGUAUUUACGAUCAAUUUAUCGUUUCCGGGGGCAAUUCGAUACCUACUAUAUGUGGAAAUAACGCUGAGAAUCAUUUAUAUAUUGACGCUGGUCUUGGACAAACGAAUCCCGUUACAUUAACUUUUAUUACAAGUGGACAAUCUUUCGCUCGAUCCUGGAAAAUACAAAUAUCUCAAAUCCGUUGCAAUACUAUAUACAGAGCCGAGGAAGGAUGUUUGCAAUAUUUCACAGGACUAUCUGGACAAAUAAAAUCAUUUAAUUACGAUCCUAUCACUGGAUUGCAAUUAUCAAAUCAAGAUUAUAGUAUUUGCAUUCGUAUGGAAAGAAACUUUUGCGGUAUUCAAUAUAUGAUAUGUCCAGUUGAUGAUAAAGAAGCAACGAUGUCUAACAAUGGAACUCCUAUGAUGCAAACAAUGCAUUCUAAUGCAUUUACAUUAACGGGAAAUACGCAAGCAACACAAAUAGCAUCAAUGACAGGAACAAUCUGUCAAACUGAUUGGUUAACAAUCCCAUGUGCAUUCAAUACUGGUAGAUUACCAACCAAUAUGAUGACUUGUAUCGAUCGAAUAUGCGGUGGAACAUUCAAUGCGGAAAAUCAAAAUUUAAAUGCUUCUUCUAUCAUUAGUACUGUGAAACCCUUUAGAUUAAUUUUUCAUACGGAUAGCGUUGAAGCGCCAAAUGACGUGGGAAACAAAGGAUUUUGUUUGAAUUAUAUACAACAACCUUGUACGACAAAAUUAAGAUGAUUGAUUUCUUAUCACAAAUGCAACAUAAAAAUGAAGCACCAGAAAUGCGUUUUUGAAAUGCUUCGGAAGGUGUAACAGGAAUUCGACCACCCACACGGCCAAAUCUACGUUCCAAUGAUUCUUGUACAGAUUCUAUAAAUUUAUAUUGUAAAAAGAUUGUAAAAUAU